AGGCAAAGCAUACACACGCAGAACGACAGCGCAUUACUUUUACCAGAAAUAGGAGAACAUCAUAGCACUUUGAGAGUCAGAACUCUGCCAUGGAUCGCCUCAGAGAGCACGUCCGAUCCGGCAUGAGUGAGAGCGUGCGGGUCGAGGUGGAGGGACUGCUCAACGCUAUGAUAGGGGAAGCUGAGCAGAGACAGCAGGACUUGAUCCGCUCUGUGGAAGGCCUGGAGCAGCAGAUCAUAGACAAGGUGAACGAGAAGCAGGCCUUCUUCCUGCACAGAGAGGAGGAGACGGAGAGACUCCAUGCAGAAGCGGAGCUGGCCAGACGGACAGUGAGAGUUGAGAUGCUGGAAGAUAAGACAUUCAAAGAUAUGAAGAGGGAGGUAGAAGUGGAGGAACGAAAGAAGGAGAAACUGAGGAAGGAGAGGUGGGCCCUCUGGAUGGACAACAGGAGGAAGAGGUGGCAGCUGGAGAUGAAGGAGGAGGCGGAGUACGAUCGGCGCAUGCCCGGAGACGUGGACAAACUCUACACAAUGGGCCAAGUUGCAUUCGAGACGACCAAGCCACUCAUCGAUACCACCCUGACAGGAUCGCAUGAGACAGCCGCUCGUAAACAAAAGCUGCUGAAUGAAUUCAGGAGUACAGCGGCCAAGUGGAUGGAGUCAGAUGACCAUCCCCAAGACCCCGAGACCAACAGCACCAUCCCUGCCAUCCUGAAAGGCUGGAUGCUUAGGGAUCGCCAAGACCCCAAGACCAACAGGGCGAUCCCUGCCGUCCUGAAAGGCUGGAUGGUGAGGGAUCGCUGGCAGUAUCUCCGGGAGGACUGCAAGGCCUUUAUCAAAGACCAACCAUUGAAGGAAUUCACCUGCCAUGCAGAGAUAGGGAAGUUGAUCAGGGAGAGUGAAAAGAUCAGGAAAAAGAACAUCAAGCAGUUUGAGAAAGAGCUGAAAGAGCACCACGCUGAGAGGGAGCGAGAGCUGAAUAAGAUCAGGGCAGCCGAGAUGAAAGAGAGGAAGCCGUUGGAGAGAAUCAUCAGGAAAGAGAAAAAGAAGCAGCACAAGGCAGAAAAGAAGGUCAAGAAGGCGCAGGAGAAGCAGUACAAUGCACAGAUCAAGGCCUUGAAGGAGCAGGAGCAGAAACAUGGAGAGAUACUGCUGCAGGAAGCACUGGCCAUGGUUGAGGCCAAGAAGGCCCAGGAACAGGCUGGGGCCCAGGGAGAGGGGCAGGGGCAGGGCCAGGGGGAGACAGAGCGUAGGCGCUGGAGGCUCUUCUCCCUGAGAAGAUCAUCUUAAGCACU